AUGUCUGAAGCUUGCUGCACCUGCGCUACGCUGCUAUCGUCCAUUCCACCGACCUACGAUGAGAAGACCGAGAAGCCAACGCAGUUCGAGCGCCGGCUUGAGUGCUGCGGUCGUGCCAUAUGCGCCCGCUGCUUGACCGAUAACCCACGAUUUGCAAGCUAUUGUCCCUUCUGCCAGAUAUCGACCGGUCCUUCCGCGUUGCCAGCACAAGGCCUACGCGACCCUCCUACAUAUUCGCCACACGCCGAUGGUCAAGCGGAUGAUGAGUUGCCACCCUACACAGCACACAAUGCGCUGCAACCGCCGUGCGAGAAGAAGACGAGCACAGAAAAUGCACCCGAUGUCCUACACUUUGUCGAUCAGAACAACGAUACAAUAGCAUCGCUAUCGCUGGCCUAUGGCGUACCUCCAGAUGCAUUGCGCCGUGCGAACAAGAUGUUUGCAGAUCAUCUUCUAGCAGCGCGCAGAACCGUACUGAUACCAGGGGAGUUUUACAAGGGCGGAGUUAGUCUCAGUCCUCGCCCACUGGAAGGCGAAGAGGAAGAGGUCAAGAAGACUAAACUGAGGAAGUUUAUGGUAGGAUGCAAGGUUGCCGAAUACGAUGUCGCUGUCCUUUACCUCGAGCAAGCUGGAUAUAAUCUCGAAAGCGCAAUGACUGCCUUUAAAGCCGACGAAAAGUGGGAGAAGGACCAUCCCCUGCAGGCCGCAAAGAAAGGAAAGCAGCCUGCGCCGCAAAGUUCUGGAAAGCGGAGAUGGUUUGGCGGAAGUGGAGGCGGAAUCACAGGCCAACUAUAG